AUCCUAAACAUUAUUAUCCUGACUAUGGCCUGUGAGUCUGAGGGACUAUACUUUUGUUGCAUUGGGCCAAGAAUGGCACGAGGAAUGCCGUAAAUCACCUUUGACUAGCACUUACCUAGACGAUUGUUCAGGUCCCAGGGCCGUAGUGAGUCCUGCUAUCAUUGACCAUAGUCGCCCAUCUUGGAACGAUGUAUUAUAUGCACACAAUUGUCGUCCCAGAAAGUUAAAAUCUCCCCCCUUCCCACAUUUGAAUCCUAUCUUCUCUGCGCCGCAUAGGCACACAGUGAUCUUUCUUCAUUCUGCCAGGCUCCAAUGUCCUCCUUCGGGCAGUUGCAGCGCUGGCCACGGCUGGAAGCUCGACUCUUGUGGAACAGAGGGCGUUGUCCCCUUGACCAUAAUAUGCUGGUGCGACAGGAGCGGCGCCUACGGUCCAGUCUGCUUCCCGAGGCCGAGGUCGGGAGACGUCAAAGAGGCAAAGAGGAUGACGGCCAGUGCGGCUUUUGACGUCGGUUGUGAUGUAUGGACGGGAUUGUCGUUGAAGUCGCCGGAGCGCGCUGGGAGGGCAGGCGUGACUGGUAUGCAGCGUCCACGGCGGUGUUGCAAAGACGAGGACGCUGUACAUUUAAUGAUGAUUGCUUUCCUGAAUCCCUGGAGGUCUUC